GACCUAUGCAACAGUGUCUCCCCACCGCCCACAGAGAUGCACACAGUGUGCUAGAAUUCUCACUGGCUGCGUCCACAGGUUUUCUAUGGCAGAUGUGAAUCGGGGUUGAUUAGGGGCGGCUCCAUCUCCCCGGGACCGAAGUGUGCCUUAGGAUGAUCGUUGCCACAUGGGCAGUUUAUAUCUUGGUCCGGAGAGUCUCUCGGCAGCCUAUCCCACCUGGCAACACUCCAGAUGACUGUGUAAUUGAAACAGAGAUCGUGUCUGUGUUGGAGCAUUGGCUGAGGAAGAUUGAAGACGAGGCCGCCAAGAUCUUUAGGCAAAAAUCAGAAAACAGGACAGACAGCAAGGGGGAAACCAGACCUGGCAUCAGGUAUUUUUCUGUGGCUAACCAAGAUUUUGAAACAAUGAGAUCAAAUCCAGAAACGUUUGAACACUCUGAAGACAGGAGAAACCCACAGACCGUCCAAGUGUCUCGCUCAUGCUCUUCCAGCAGUCAGGAUCUGGUGGAGGACAGGACUAGGAUCCAGUUCAUCAGGUGGAGCCACACGCGUGUUUAUAGUGUUCCAAGUGAUAUGAAAAAGGAUGCCGUGCAGGAGAGGCUGGACAAAGUGAGGAAAAGUGUCUCCCGAGUCAUGUUCCAAGCAGAUGCAGAAAAUGACAUUCUCCUCUCUGAUGUUCAACUCCAAACCAAUUUGUCCGAAUCCUAAAUAUGGACAGUACAAAGCCCUCCUGCUUUGUGGCUCGGGAAAAGAACCAGCCACCCUUGCUGCUUUCCUCCCUGUCAGCAAUGCUUCAGUUGUGCACCUUCCACCAUCUUGGAAUCGCCAAUCAAUGUGAAUCUUGCAAAUGUAUUUUGUUGUCCUUGCUAUUGUAAACUCGUGGUUUUGUAAACAUUGAACUCCUAAUAAAAUUGCUUAGCAGA